CGGGUUUUUCCGGCGGAUCCCCAUCCAGUUAGCCGCUAGCCCAGCUGAAUUAGCUUCCCCCUCUACAGCUAAUGUUUGCAGGAUAUCUAAUGUCACCCGAGCCGGAGCGGAUGACACCCAGAGCCUAGAAACAUGGCAGAUGUCGAGGGACCAGGGCUCUGCUCGCCCUCCGUCCCUCCGCUGCCUGCUCCUCCUCCCUCCCGCGACGGCUCCAGCAGCGGCGGCACCGGCACGCCGGACGACGCCGGCGGCAGCUGCUGCCAGACGGCUUCAUCCACCACCACCACCACCGUCACUUCGGGCCCGCGGCUGGUCCGCAUCGUGAAGUCCGACUCGGGCUACGGCUUCAAUGUGCGGGGCCAGGUGAGCGAGGGCGGGCAGCUGCGGAGCAUCAACGGGGAGCUGUACGCUCCGCUGCAGCACGUCAGCGCCGUGCUGCCGGGGGGCGCCGCCGACAGGGCGGGCAUCUCCAAGGGGGACCGGAUCCUGGAGGUGAACGGGGUGAAUGUAGAAGGAGCCACACACAAGCAGGUGGUGGACCUGAUCCGGGCCGGCGAGAGGGAGCUGGUGCUGGCCGUGUUGUCCGUCCCCCCGCAGGAAGCCGACUGCCUUGAUCCUGGUGACGAUGGAUCAUCCCAGUCCUGUUACGACUACUCAGACAAGCAGGCUGUCCCCAUCUCUAUUCCCAGCUACAAACACACUGAGCUCAACAAUGAGAAGUUUGUGGUGUACAAUGUGUACAUGGCAGGCAGACAACUGUGCUCCAAGCGAUACCGGGAGUUUGUUAUUCUACACCAAAACCUGAAGAGGGAAUUUGGCAGUUUUGCAUUUCCCAAGAUGCCUGGGAAAUGGCCAUUUUCUCUGUCAGAGCAGCAGUUGGACGCACGACGCAGAGGCUUGGAGGAAUACCUGGAGAAAGUCUGCUCUGUGCGAGUAAUUGGAGAAAGUGACAUCAUGCAGGAGUUCCUGUCUGACUCAGAUGAGAACUAUAACGGCGUGUCAGAUGUGGAGUUGAGAAUAGCCAUGCCCGACAAAACUACACUCACUGUCAGAGUUCGCAAAAACUCUACUACAGACCAAGUUUAUCAGGCUGUGGUGAUGAGGCUCGGUAUGGACAGUGUAACAGCCAGCUACUUCGCCCUGUUUGAGGUCAUCAACCACACCUUUGUGCGUAAGCUCGCCCCAAAUGAGUUUCCCCACAAACUCUAUGUACAGAAUUAUACCUCGGCCAUCCCGGGAACCUGCCUCACCCUGCGCAAGUGGCUCUUCACCACAGAAGAAGAGAUUCUGCUUAAUGACAACCAGCUCGCCGUCAACUACUUCUUUCAUCAGGCUGUUGACGAUGUGAAGAAAGGCUUCAUCAAAGCUGAUCAGAAGUCCUAUCAACUACAAAAGCUGGCAGAGCAAAAGAAGAUGUCCAUGUGCCUGAAUUUGUUGAGGGGUUGUGAGGGCUACAAUGAGAUCGUUUUUCCUCACUGUUCCUGCGACUCCCGACGUAAAGGCCACGUGAUCACAGCCAUCAGUAUACACCACUUCAAGCUUCAUGCCUGCACAGAGGAAGGCACACUUGAAAACCAGGUGAUUGCAUUUGACUGGGGGGAGAUGCAGAGGUGGGACACAGAUGAAGAGGGAAUAGCCUUCUGUUUUGAAUAUGCACGGGGAGAGAAGAAGCCACGUUGGGUUAAGAUAUUUACACCUUAUUUUAACUACAUGCACGAGUGCUUCGAGAGAGUCUUCUGUGAGCUGAAGUGGAAGAAGGAGGUAGAAGAGGAGGCUACAGACAAAGACAACAAGAACUGCAGUAAAGAUGGUAUGUGUGGCAAGAAUAUUUUCCAGCUGCUGAGGCACAGAAGGGAUGGGGGCACAUAGGAACGGAGAUCGUCACCUCCUAAGUGCAAUGGCUGCUCAUCACAACACGAACAAGUUUUGCCUCUGACUUAGCCCCAGGAAGACCAAGCUGCACUUGGCUAUUAAUUACGCAGAAAUCAUUUACACUCCAUUUACUAGAAGACAAGAAGCCGCUCCAUACAUUCAAACCAACAAGCAUCUGCUGAGGAAGGAUUGAAAAGCUACGUGACUCAUGAACAAGAACUCUCUAAUCCAGCACAUCAUGACCGUGAGUUAAGAAGAGCGCUGAGAAGCUGCGGACUCAGAGUGAUGCGUUCAUGCAGGCCUUUUCUUUUUGCCAGGGACCCAGAGUAUUGGAUGUGCCACCAAGCAGGUUCACUUGUGGGGGGAAAGGCAGAAGCGGAUUAUUGGUGCACUAACAAGGGAAAGUGAAAGCUGUAGGCACUCACAAAGGGGAACACGGAUAACUGUAAUCAGAGAUUUCAAGGGCUGAAAACAGGGAGACACUUUGCAUUUCAGUUUAUUUAUUUGUUAUUAGAGCAGCAGCAGCAGCAUCUCCUGUGUUCGUGGAUGCAUGUGCGUGCAUGAAACACCCAAAGACAUGAGGCAAAUGAGUGCAAGCUCUCUGCAGUGUAAAGCCCUUUUCAGAUGUGACGUAUCAAAUCGGGGGGCCAUUAUUUGCCAUCUGUGUAAGAUCAGACAGGAGAUCAAAUGAGGUUUAAUACAUAAGUCAUCCUAGAGACAAGGUUCUCUCAGAAAAUGGUGUUGUUUCACCAUAAAAAUUAAAAUUAGCACACCAAGCUUGCAGUGGUUGUCUAAAGCAAAGUGACAGUGUGUAUUCACUGAUGAAAUAUCAGAUGAAUAAACAGAUGAAAUAUCACUGUCUACAUAUACAACUGUAGGUGUUCCUAAGAAGCUCAUGUUGGUGCUGUAUUUGUGAGGAUUUAAUUGCAAUACAGUACCAGCAUAGUUGUUAGCUCAAGAUAAAGUUGAUCUGUAACUUCUGCUCAGUACGAUGUUUCCACCUGUCAAUGGGAAGCAAACCAUGCAGCUCUGUAAGUGUUCCAGAGUUGCCAUAUCAUGCCAUUUGAUCAUAAAAAGAAAACAAAAGAAAACUCAUAAGGUAAUGAGCAUGCUGCGUUGAAGCUUCAUUUAAAGAUUUAACACUUUUUUAACUAUUUUCGCUCCUUCAUUUGGCUCGGAUGAUGAGGAAAACAACUAGGAGCUGUUGUCAUGAGUAAAAAAUCACUCUAUGUUAUAUAUUAGACAACCUCAUAUGUCAGAUUAUUGUUAAACACAAUAACACAAAACAAGGUGUCUCUGCUGUGGAUGUGUGUCCGUUUAUGUUGUUGCAGCAGUGCAGAUGUGUUGACAGUUAUAUCAGAUGUUAUGGAAAAUGACUGGGAGGCUGUCACUCAGACAUGACGGACAUAUUCAGUCCCCACCAGACCAUCUGAAAAGGGCUUAAGCUACAGUGAGAUCAUGUUACACACUUUAAUGUGACACUACAUUUGCAUAAAACAAACCUCAUUGUAAUUGUUUUUUUUCUUAAUUUUAAUUGAGGAGUAUGGGUUUGAGCUAAUAUUGCAUUGUAUCCCGCAGAAGAAACAAUGUUCUUAGAUUCCACUUGUAAAUUUGGAAGUGACUGCUGAAUGGAGUCAUUGGUGCACUGACAAGGGAAAGGGGAAAGACGGAUCGCUGUAAUAGAUGAUUCCAAGGGCUGAAAACAAGUAGACACUCUGCAUUUCGAGUCAGCUUCAUACUGGAAUGAAUUGAAACUUUUUAUUUGCUCAGUAUUACAUUGGCAAUCCAAGCAAAUGUUUUCUGAAUAUUGUGGCGAAGCAAUGUGAGUUGUUCCUUUUUGUGUGUUACCUGUAGUGGGCAGCAGAGGUCGCAGACUGCCACGAUGGUCGGUGGGACAUGCCGGUUACUUUGUCUCUGGGAGCUCCCAUAGGAUUUUUAAUAGGCUUGUAAUUCAAAAGGCCUUUCCAUGCAGCAGUAUUUAUCCCUGUAGCCUGUAUGAGGCUGCCAUGCACUGCAGAUCCAGGCUAAGUGGGCCAAGGUUCUCCUGACAAAAGGGAAGGUUUUCAUAUUUACUGUACAUCCUGCACUAAGAUCAAAUUUGAGAAAUGCUGUGCUCAGCCAGUGACUGAUCAUAUAAUAAUGCAGUGCAAUUGCAAUACAAUCACAUAAAUCAUAUAUAGUUUAUGUUUCUCUGCGAAUGAGCCCAGUUAGUGUUCAAAUUAGGGUAUAUUAAAAGAAAGGUUGUGUAAAAGGUCAAUUUAAUUAUGUCAUCAUGCUACACUGAUGUUAGCCUAAAAUUUAAAUGCAAAUAGAAUCAAUUUACUAUUUAGUGGCUUUAUUGAACCUAUUUAGGCAGGGUUUUCAUAUUUUGACAGUUUGUUAAAAGCACAUUACACAAUCAUUUGCCCUUGUGUUUACAUAAUCCAGUGAGUGGUUUGAUUGAUUAUCAUUUAGACACACACUUUCUGAGACUCUAAUACAGCUUGCUUUCUUUCUAACAUUUGGGAACAAUAACACAAGGUAACAUGAACAACUGGUCCUUCUGGAUGAUGUUAUAUUGCCCACUAACGCCCAGGACUAGCUCCUAUUCAGGCAUUAAUCGAAGAAUUAGCAGUAUAUGUGUUAUCAAUAAGUCAGUCCGUUUUUCCCACUACGAGUCCCGUUAUCAUGAUGGUGCUGCUCACAGAAGCCAUUUCAGCUGAAUAACAAGCUUAAACAGACCUUUUGUGGGUGCAUACAGAAGCUUUAAUUGAAUGUGUCGAGUCCUUAAUUGAAGGAGUGAAUGUGCAGUUCCGAAGGCUGAACACAUUUCCUUGAUUUCUCGUCCAUUUACUGAAUCUGACACGGCCGAUUGUCUGACACUUUGAAGUGUGCGCUCCUUUUCGGCUCACCUCCCCAUCUCUCUCUUCAUUGUUCUGGCUCCUGUAAAAUGUCAUGUGCUUUAUUUAUUUAGGUACAGCAGUGUUAAAUUCAGAUGAUAAAGUACAGAGUCACCACAAGAAGAGUAUGGAGAUUGACAAGCUGAAAACUCUUUAAGAAGAUGCAACGCUUACUGUAAGAAAUUGUAACAUAUUCUUUUAAAUAAACUGAUUUAUUGGUGAAAAAA